UCUACUUCCCGACUCUGCGGCCCGCCGGAAAUCAACCAUCUACCACAGUCCUCCGCCGCAGGCGGCGGCGAGAUGGAAACCAAUCUCCACUUCCCCGCCACGCCACCACGGAUGGGCUUCACCGAGAACCGCUCCCUCACCUACCUCGCCACCGGAAACCCAUGCCUCGACUUCUUCUUCCACGUGGUGCCCACCACACCGUCCGAUCAGCUGAUUCAACGGCUCACAUUGUCAUGGAACCACAACCCUCUCACCGCCGUCAAACUCAUCUGCCACCUUCGAGGCGUCCGAGGCACCGGAAAGUCCGACAGAGAGAGUUUCUACACGGCGGCGCUUUGGCUCCACAAACACCACCCCAAAACCCUAGCCUGCAACGUCGCCGUUUUCGCCCAGUUUGGGUACUUGAAGGACUUGCUCGAGAUCCUUUAUCGGCUCCUCGAAGGCCCUGAAGUUCGAUCGACGGCCAAGAUUGAAUGGAACAGAAACAAGAAGUGUUCAGGAAGGACUCGAAAAAUGUUCUACUUGGCGAAGAAGCGUAGUUCGAGACCGAAACGAGGACAAAUAGGAACGAAGAAGAAAGAUGACGAGAAAAAGAGGAGAUUGAGGGCUAAAGUACCCAGAGAGAAGAGGGUUGAAGCGAAUUUAGCGAAAGUGAAGGAGGAGAGAGAGAGAGCUAGGGUUUUGAGGAAAGAGAAAGAGUUUUCAAUGGCCAAAAGAGCUUUCGAGAGGUACAAUAGCGACUCUGAUUACAAGUUCUUGCACGAUCAGAUUUCGAGUCUCUUUGCCGAUCUCUUGAAGUCUGAUAUGCAGAACUUGAAUUCUGGAGAGACUAUGAACAUCAGUUUGGCAGCUAAAUGGUGCCCCACGAUAGACUCUGCAUAUGACAAGGCCACCCUGAUUUGCGAAAGCAUUGCGAGGAAGAUUUUUCCUCGUGAUUCUGAUCCUGAGUAUGAAUCAAUCGAAGCUGCUCACUAUGUUUACAGGGUCAGAGACCGACUUCGAAAGCAAGUUUUGGUUCCUCUUCACAAGGUCUUGAAGUUGCCCGAGGUUUAUAUGAGCGCUCAACAGUGGAAGGCUCUUCCUUAUAAUCGGGUUGCGUCGGUGGCGAUGAAGAACUACAAGAACAUCUUCUUGCAGCGUGACAACAAGCGAUUUAAUGGGUAUCUAGAGGAUGUAAAACUUGGAAAGGCGAAAAUAGCAGCCGGUGCAUUGCUUCCCCACGAGAUUGUAGCCUCACUGAACGACCCAGAUGGGGGGAAAGUUGCAGAGCUUCAGUGGGCUAGAAUGGUGGAUGACGUUGCAAAGAUGGGGAGACUGAGGAACUGCAUCGCCGUGUGUGAUGUAUCGGGGAGUAUGGAUGGGGAACCAAUGGAGGUCUGUGUUGCUCUUGGGCUGUUAAUUUCAGAGCUUAGUGAAGAGCCAUGGAAAGGGAAUGUGAUUACAUUCAGUGCCAAUCCUCAGCUUCACAAAGUUGAAGGGAAUAGUCUUCUGGAAAAGACUAAAUUCGUAAGGGAGAUGGAAUGGGGCAGUAAUACUGACUUCCAGAGAGUUUUCGAUAGGAUCUUGGAAGUUGCAGUUGCUGGGAAUUUGAAUGAAGAUCAGAUGAUAAAGAAGGUCUUUGUUUUCAGUGACAUGGAAUUUGAUCAAGCAUCUGGGCAUAGUAGAUUUGGAUAUGGGUAUGGGUUUGGCUAUGGGUACAAUGGAUAUGGUAAUUUCAACUCACAUAACGAUACAAGGCCAAAAGGGUGGGAGACAGAUUAUGAAGUGAUACAGAGGAAGUUUAGCGAGAAAGGGUAUAAUAAGUUACCGGAAAUUGUGUUUUGGAACCUCAGGAACUCCCUUGCUACUCCGGUGACAGCCAAGCAGAGUGGAGUGGCACUGGUUAGUGGCUAUUCAAAAAACAUGGUUACCGUAUUCCUCAAAGAAGACGGGCUUGUCAACCCAGAGACGGUGAUGGAACAUGCCAUUGCCGGUGAAGAGUACCAGAAACUAGUUGUAUAUGACUGAGUGGUAUGUCAAAUAGUUCAUUUUUCUUUUCAAGAAUCCAAAGUGUACCUCUCUGGCUUUUUAUUUUAAUUUGAGGUGAACGGCUGCUUAUUUAUGGAAUUUGAAUUUUAAUGAUCCCUGAUAAUCAGUUUGGUA